AUGGAUGAGAGAGACACUAUUCCCUUGGGACACGGGGACGGAGGGAGAACUUCACCACCUUGUGUGCCAACUCUGUCAUCCAAUGAUGAUUCAAAUGUCUUGGGAUCUUUAAGAAUCGAAAAGUACACCUCGUGGUUUAAUGAUGUGCAUUCAACUGAAAUCUUUGAUAAAUGUGAUGAUGCACUUAAUCUGCUGUCAAAGGCACAUGGUUGUGAAGAAAGUUCAUCAUUCUAUCAUAUGAUAGAAAUUGUUAUACCAGAGCUUCUUGAGAUGCAAACUGCCCAUGUUGUUUCCAUUGGCUCUGAAUUCUUAUGUUCACUAAAUCCUGAUUGUAAAGACGAGAAAGGUGUAAAUUUGACAUAUGAUACUCGUACAAGUUUGGCACUUUUUUGGUCAUUUACAACAGCCGAUUAUGUUGUAGCCCAAUGCAUUAGACAAAGGAGUAUGUAUUACCACUUGGAGAUUUUCAAGAAAGUGGAUGUCAUAGUAACACUGACCACCAACAUGACAUCACCCAUAAUACCUCCCAGUGCUCUUAAAAGUCGUGAAACAAAUAUGCAGACUACAGGGGUGAGCAAAAACCGUUUUGGGAAAAAAACCAAACCAAACCGGUUCCGAACUGGUUUAAUCAGUUUGGUUUUUAAACCAAAUUUGAGAAUUGGUUUUUAA